AUGAAUGCUUUGUGGGGUAGUACCCUCCCUGAAGGUCUCAGCAUAGUGGAUAAAUACAGGAUUCUCGGCAGACCUCAGCGAAAAUUGAUCCCAUAUAAUACUUGGAAACCGGGAGAACUUGUGGCACCAAUAAAAGUUCCUAUAUCAUUCUGCUCAGAGAAGUUCUAUCUUGCGGAUUUUGGCACAGCACUGCAGAUUGGUAGCCUGGCAGUGUCAGAUGCACCAAUUGUGAUUCCGCCUCAAGAAUAUUGCUCUCCAGAGCGACUUCAUGGCGCCACGCCUCACUAUUCCUGUGACAUGUGGAGCUAUAUGUGUGUCUUCUCAGAUCUUUAUUUUGGGGGCCCUCUCUUUCGCUGUUUCAAUGAUGUUGUUGCAUGUCUAGGCCCUGUGUCCGCAGAUUUAAAAGGGAAAUAUCUCUGGCCGAAAUUCAGUGAGGAUCGAUGGUAUGACCAAAAUACCACUGCUACUGGCCUUGAGGACCGACUUCAAUUGCACCAACCAAAAGUUAGUUCAACUGAGAUGAAGCUUCUCCUCUCAGUUCUGAAAAGAGGUUUCGCCCUUGAACCCAAACACCGUCUGACUGCAGACCAACUUCUCCAAAAUCCCGAUUUCAAUACUCUUAUCAAUCUUUAUUGUGGCUAG